CCCUCCUCUAAUAACCACACUCAUACACAUAUUAGUAACCAGACACGUAUACAUACACACAGUCACAUGUAACUCAACAAUGUGUGCAGACUUGCUUACUCAGUAACCAGCGCUUUGACAAACAUGAGAACAUGUGGGGAUUUGUACAUAAAAUAAAUUCUGUGGAAAGGACAUUCCACUGACUCAUGGCCACACCUAAUUAAUAAAUUCAAAACAAAAUGACUGACUACUUAGCUAUGCUGUCCAGCUUAGUAAACAGCCGUACUAUUUAAAAAUAUUGUUAUAUACAGAUUUAUACAGAUGUUUAUGUUUCGGACCAAUUUUCUUUUUCAGUUUGUAUAUUUUAACCGAAUUUUAUGUCAUUUUUUAUAAUGUAAAGUAUAAAGUUUUUUUUUCUUUUUUUCUUGCGUAUCUUGCGUUUUGCCCGUAAGGUCCUGCUCACACAUUUGUCCUACGCAGGCUUCCUUAUCUAAACACGGAAAUGGCGACUCCGGGAAGAACAUAAUAAUGAUUUUCGUUUUGAUUUUUUUCAUAAAGCAAGUCACUUUAGUUAUGUUAGAUAGCUAGUUAGUAGCGGUACUAAUGAGAUGUACUAUAAUUAAAAUGGCGCAUAAUAUGUUUCGAACCGGGUUUCUGGUUCGGGCCACACACACCCUGCUAACCUGGGCAAUAACCCUUACACUGUUCCUGCACAACACCGAUUUGCGGAGGUGUGAGGAGCGAGGAGAGCUGCUGCUGCCUGCUCUGUUCUUCCUGCUGGUCGUGCUGUCAGUACUGUUAUACUUUGCCAUUUCAUUAAUGGACCCUGGCUUUGUUCUCACCGACACUUUUAAAGGUGUCCAGGGUUCAAGUGAAGAAACAGAGUCAAUGCUUCCUCAGUCAUCGACCCCUCGGCAGCGACGCUGUGGAUACUGUCUGUUGCAGCAGCCAAUGAGAGCGAAGCACUGUCAGACGUGUAAACGCUGUGUACGUCGAUUUGACCACCAUUGCCCCUGGAUCGAGAACUGUGUUGGAGAGAGGAACCACCGCUGGUUCAUCAUCUACCUUGUGGUGCAGCUGCUCACUCUGCUGUGGGCCCUCCACAUCGCUCUGUCCGGCAUUUCUCCCAGUGUUAGCUGGGAACUGUGGGUCCAAGCCAAUGGCUUCCUGUUGGUGGCGCUUGGUGCCAUAGGGGUUUUCUCUGUGGUUGUGGUGCUGUUGCUGGGCUGCCACCUCUACCUGGUCUCCAUCAACUGCACCACCUGGGAGUUCAUGUCACGUCACAGGAUCUCGUACCUGAAGAACUGUGGCGAUGAUGAUAACCCAUUCGACCGUGGCGUGUUCUGCAACCUGUGGGAUUUCUUUUGCAUCUGCCGGACGGUGAUUUGGGAGCAGGUCUAUUUGAGAAACACCCUGAAUCCUGUCUGAACUCAAAGAAACAAACUUGAGACAUUUUACAAUGUUAUAUGCACUGUUUGAAGGGUGGAAAAGUUGACUGCUAGAAGAGCAGACAUGCCAACUAGACACUAAACAAACUGACUUUUGGGAUACUAGAAAUAUCUGUACGAAAACUGCAAAACGUUUAUGCACAUUUUUUGCUUCCAGGUAAUGAAUCCUAAGAACCUUGUUAAUUCUGAGAAUCCCUGUAGUGCCACCAUGAGGUUCUUUUCAGUGAGAACUACUGAAUGCAUUGAUACUUAUGUCACUCUCAGGGUGAACGGGUGAAUUUUAACAUUGGUGCUCUGUUUUUCUUUCUGUCUAAUACCUUUCAUUUCCAUCAGAUACCUUCCAAAUGAAUCAUUAGUAUCUGCUGUACUUUAUUUUGCUAUUCAGCAAAUGUUAGCAUGCUAAACUAAGAAAGGAAUGCUGCUAAGCACGAGCUUAUUAGUGUGCUCUCACGUUUACAUUUAACAAUGUCUGUCUCCUAGAGUUGAUACCAUGUCUUUAGACUCUUAAUCUUGUAUUCAUUUAAGUAAUCCAGAAGUUUCAAAUAUAUUGACACUAAAGUGAAAAAGCUGACACUGAGUGUUUAGUACCUGAAGUAUAGAACCAUUGUAUGGGAGUUAGUGGCCUCUAGGGGUGAAGUUUCAAAUUGCAGGAAACUGAUUACUUCACAAGUGCAUGUGAGAACCUACAGGUGGACAAUUCAGCUUCAGUCUUAGUUUAGUUUAUUCACUGAACUAUUCUACUCUAAUGAAAAUACACUGAUCAGGCAUAACAUUAAAACCACUGACAGGAGAAAUAGAUAACAUUGACCAUCUUGUGACAAUACAAUGUUCAACUAGGAAACCUUUGGACCUGGCAUUCAUGUGAAUGUUAC